ACUCGAAACAGAAGGAACGAAAGAUGCUUCCUAUCUCAUGAUGUGUGAGUGAUCAGGGAUCCUACAUGCUAUAGUUUUGUUAUUGGAUCGUAUUAUAGUUUAUUUUAUAAAUUGUCAUGGAUGAAACGGAGACCGCGAGCAAAAUCCAGUUUGAUCCCAGAGAGCACCAGCAUCUGAGGUACAACCCGCUGCGUGAUUCAUGGGUUCUGGUCUCGGCUCAUCGGAUGAAACGACCAUGGAAAGGGCAGGUUGAGAAGGUGGAAGAAGACAACGUUCCUCGUCAUGACCCCCAAAAUCCCCUCUGUCCCAGGAGCACCAGAGCCAAUGGAGAGGUGAAUCCUGACUACGACGCCACCUUCCUGUUUGAUAACGAUUUCCCUGCACUACAGCCGGAUGCUCCAGAUCCUGGUUCAGAUCAUCAUCCUUUGUUCCAGACCAAACCUGCAAGAGGUGUUUGUAAGGUCAUGUGCUUCCAUCCAUGGUCUGACAUCACCCUUCCCUUAAUGCAGUCUGAAGACAUCCGCAAGGUGAUUGACAAAUGGGCGGAGCUUAUUCAGGAGCUUGGCGCCACCUAUCCAUGGGUGCAGAUCUUCGAGAAUAAAGGAGCCACGAUGGGCUGCUCCAACCCUCAUCCUCAUUGUCAGGUUUGGGCCAGCAACUUCCUGCCUAAUGAACCUGCGCUGGCUGAACGCUGUCAGAAGGAAUAUAAACAAAAGCACGGAGAGCCCAUGCUGCUUCAGUACGCUCGCAUGGAGGCCCAGGCACAGGAACGUGUGGUUGUGCAGAAUAAGCAUUGGAUUGUCGUAGUGCCGUAUUGGGCCACGUGGCCGUUCCAGACUCUGCUCCUGCCACGUCGACACGUUCUACGGCUGCCUGAUCUCACAUCGGACGAGAGACUCAGUCUUGCAUGCAUAAUGAAAACGCUCCUGACAAAAUAUGACAACCUCUUUGAGGUCUCCUUCCCCUACUCGAUGGGCUGGCAUGGAGCACCAACAGGAAGGCAUCUGGAAGAAGACAUGAGUCAUUGGCAGCUUCAUGCGCACUACUACCCGCCUUUACUCCGCUCAGCCACUGUCCGCAAGUUCAUGGUGGGCUAUGAGAUGCUGGCUCAGGAGCAGCGUGAUCUCACCCCUGAACAGGCUGCUGAAAGAUUACGGGCGCUCUCUGAGGAGCACUACAAGACCAGACUUGAAGGGGCAGCAGAUUCGAAAAUGGAGGUAAAGUGAGCGCUAAUAUACAGAAGACAAACUCGGGAGGAUCGGCUGGAAAUCUGGGAAAUGAUUAAAGAGGUUUCAUGCACAAUAGAUUGUCGCGUAAAAUGUUUCGUGAAGGGAAACUUGAGACCUCGAUACUUGCUCAGGUAUCUUCUUAGACGCUGGUGAUGUCCAUGUUGUAAGCCCCUUCAUUUGGUUGAAAUUAAAUAAAUGUGAAAUUAGGCAUAUAAAAUAAGAAGCAUUUGAUGUCUCUAAAAUGGCGUAGUCAGCUAAAUAAAAUCUGUUGUUUAUCUACAUAAAAUGUUUAUGAUUAAGUUCGAUAAAUUACUUGAUAAAUUCCAUGUUUCUGUCCUAAAAAGAUGCAAAAAACUUAUGAAAUAUGUAUUAAUUGCUUAUCAAUUUUAAAAUGCUUUAUCAAUAAAUAAAAACCAAUAAAGACA